AUGAAUGAAAAUUCAUUAACAAGAAUUCAACCAGAUUGGUAUUCUCCAACUCGCCUUCACGAUACUCCGCUCGACUAUGAUUUUCCUGGUGAUAGAUUUAUACCCAAUAGAAGCCUGAUGGAUCUUGAUCAAGCACAUACUUUACUCACCAACAGAACGAAUAACAAACUCCGAAAACCAAACUUCAAUGAUGAAUAUAGAAGGAAAAUGGAGGAAAAUCUAAAGUUGGAUGUAGAAGGAAGACCAUUCAGAAUGAUGGUUUUUAGAGGAAGUCCUAAAUUGAGUAGACAAUCUACGCGUCUAAUUGAUGAAAUGAGGCGUAGUGACAAAGAAAUUCCCCUGCAAAUUAAUGAGAAUAGGAGAUAUCGAAAGUUUCCUUUGAAAGCAACUCGAGCUUUAGAUGCUCCUCUUUUAUCGGAUGACUAUUACUCGAAUGUUAUGGAUUGGGGAAAAUCCAACAUACUUGCUGUUGUUCUGGGGUCAAUUCUAUAUAUAUGGAAUGCUCAAGUGCAAAAAGCUGGGGUACUGAUGGAAGUGAAGCGUGAAGACGAUUGUCCUACUAGUGUAGCAUGGUCUGAUGAUGGGAAAAUAGUAGCAGUUGGUUGUGAUUCCUCUAAACUCCAGCUCUGGGAUGCUGAGACUUCCAGGCUUGUGAGAGACCUGCAAGGCCAUCAGAGCAGAGUGGGUUGUGUUUCAUGGAAUGGUCAUAUUUUAACCUCAGGGAGUAAAGACAGAGCUAUCAUUAAUCAUGAUGUGCGAGCAAGAAGCAAUUUGGUCUCUGUAAUGAGAGCACAUAGAGGGGAAGUUUGUGGCGUGAAGUGGUCUAGCACGGGGAAUGCACUUGCCAGUGGUGGAAAUGACAAUCUGGUGUACAUAUGGGAUAGUUUAAAGACGAGCUCAAGGCAUUAUAUGCACCGGUUCAAUGAACAUCAUGCUGCAGUCAAGGCCCUAGCUUGGUGUCCAUAUAGCAGUGAUGUAUUAGCCUCUGGAGGGGGCAUAGAUGAUGGAUGUCUUAAGAUUUGGAACACACAGAAGGGGACAUGCAUCAGCACCAAUGAAACUGGAGCUCAGAUUUGUGGACUUCAAUGGAACAGGCAUCACAAAGAGAUAUUAAGUGGCCAUGGGUUUGGAACAGGUGAAUCUCAUUGUCAGUUGUGUUUAUGGAGUUAUCCUUCCAUGGCUAGAAUAGGAGAGCCAUUGCGUCAUGCUUCUUCAUCAAGAAUUCUGCAUCUCUCCCAGAGCCCUGAUGGUUUGACUGUGGUAUCGGCUGGAGCAGAUGAGACUCUUAGGUUCUGGGAGAUAUUUGGCCCCCCACAGGAGAGCAGUGAAAAUGUAACACAUUUGGAUAAUCUCUUGUCCCUAAAGGCGUCAGCAGUGAGAUAAUAAGCUGCUUGAACUU